GUCCCCAGCACCAGCCGAGUGCAGACCAAUGCCACCGAUCCAUUAUAUUUCAGGAUGGCAAACCAUAGAUUUUAUGACUACAACUGCAUCCAAAUGGAUAUUGAUCGCCGGAAGUGCCGGCGCAGUGUCUCUAUGGAGAUUUUAGCUCUCGGAAUGAGUCGCACUGGAACAGACUCCCUCAAGCAAGCCCUCUUAAUACUAGGCUACCACGACGUAUAUCACGGCUACUCCGCAACGUUAGAAAACCCGCGAGAUUACGAAAUGUGGCUGGCCGGCCUGCGUGCAAAAUACGACGGUACGGGGAAGCCAUUUGGGCGGCUGGAAUUCGACCAGCUUUUAGGCCACUGCCAGGUCGUAUCGGACCUCCCUGCGAUAUGCUUUUCGGAAGAGCUCAUUGCAGCAUAUCCCAAGGCAAAGGUCAUAUUAACCACGAGGGACUUGGAUAAAUGGCACGCCUCCAUGCGAAAAACCUUUGAGCCCCUGGUGGAUAGCUGGCUUGUACGUGUGCUCGAAAUGAUCGAUCGCGCCUUGUUGGGAAAAACACGGUGGAUGGGACGAACCUGGAGGAUGAUCUGGAAAAACGUCUUUGACGGCGAUUUUGAAAAGAAUGGUCGCCAGGCAUACAUGGACCACUAUGCUCUAGUCGAUGGGCUGGUGCCGAAGGGUGGCUUGUUACUAUUCGAUGUCCAUGAUGGCUGGGAGCCACUUUGUCGCUUCCUGGGACGCCCAGUCCCACCGAUCGAUUUUCCUACAGGAAAUACCGUCGAGACUUUCCACAGGCGGCUCGCUAGUGGUGUUUUGGCAAUGGUCUACUUUCAUGCGGCUAGGGUGUCUAAGGGCUUGCUGUUGCUCUCCUUUAUCUAUCUGGUAGUAGUGAAGGCAGGAUUCUCUGCGGUGGUGCUCGGAGAUAUAGAUAGUUAAGAAAUAAAUAGAGUAAUAGUUACUACUAGAUUAAGCUAUUAGUAACUCCAAUAGUAAAAAGAGUACGAAAAGAGAAG